AUGUUCAAUAAAGAGCGACGGAUCGUAACAUCAAUGAAUUUACACUGUGAGACGCCGGAGAAAAGGGAAGAAGAAAUAAGUUACAGGUUGUUUGGAACGAAUUUCUUUACUUGUUCUUGCUUGAAUGGCAACACCUCUCAUUCGUUCUCGCUGAUUAUCACAUUUCUUACUCAACUCUUUCUCCUGCUUUAUCCUUAUAUUACUUUUUCCUUUCUUUCUCUCCUCUCUUUGUUUCAGUCUUUCUUUGGCUCCUCCCUUACUUUUCCUUCCUCUUCUAGAGAAUCUUUCAUACUCCCCUAUCCACUCAAAACGUUAUUCAAAAUGGCCACCAAGAACGCAUUUCUAACCAAUGCAGAGAUGCCGAUCGAACUGCACCCGAAAAACAGAAGCGGUCGACUCGUUCGAAUAAUUCAAACCAACUCUCUCUCCCCACCUCUCUAUCACACUUUUUUUCUCUCUCUCUAUCCCUCUCAUUUUUCUCUUUGUUUUUAUUUUAUACUUCUGUUACUAUUUAUCUUUCUUUCCUUCUCUGUCGAUAUCUUGACAUACUUUAUUCAUAUCUAUCUCGGUCUGUUUAUUAUCUAUCUAUCUAUCUAUCUAUCUAUCUAUCUAUCUAUCUAUCUAUCUAUCUAUCUCAAUCAAUUCGUAUAUUAUGAUACCUUGUUUUUAUCGUUAAAGUUUUUUUUUUCUCUUUCUAUCUCAUUACUUCUCUUGAAUUCCAGUUUUCUUUCAUUCUUUCUCUUUUUCUUACUCUUUCUCUCUUACUGUCUCAAUUUAAUUCCUCUCCUCCUCUCACCUUUGACUCAUUUAUCUACUGGCCUCAAAACGGUAUUCACAAUGGAGAAAACAGUCAUUCGACUUCGGAGCCAUUGA